AGGAAAAUAAGACCCACUUGUGGGAAGCUAUAAAAAGCAAAGGGGGCGGCGGUGAGAGAGCAGACAGAGAGGGAGACCGCGGGAAGCGCAAGACCGCUCCCAGGGCAUCGCAGCGUCGGUGGUAGCAGUUGGCUGCUGCUGGGUUGUGAACUGGAGAACAACGCUUCAGGGCGACUGUGCGUGCGUGCGUGGGGGAGCUCGGCUGGCCUCAGACCUCAAGGAUCGCGUCUGGGACGCGGUUCCUGAUCCCCCAUUACAGUGCCCGCUAACAUUGAAAAGGAGGACUUAUGUCCUGCAAAGGUUGAGAAGUAAAGGUUAGGGAAGGAAAAGAGGAGAAAAAAGCAACUGAGGCCGAAGAAGAAACUAGUGUGGACCUCCUGAGCAGUUAAGAGGAGGAUUGGACCGCGGAGAACCGGGCGGGACCUCGGAGGUGCGGGGCAAGGAGCAAGGGAAGCGGUGCGGUCCGCGGGACUGGGUCUUCUUGCACCUCAGGUCACGCCUCCUUGGCGAGAAGGCGCCUUGCCUUUGAUUGCUUCCAGUUACUGCAGAACUUCCUGCCCUGGCGGAGAAGCGGGUCUUGCUUGGGUCGCGCUCGCUGCUGGUCUGAGGCGUGAGACUGAGUUCACACGGUGCUGGGCCCCCAAAGCCAAGUGGAGUUGGGGGAACAGAGUCUGCGAGCCCCGUCGCCCCAAGUGAGGGGCCCCGUGUUGGGGUCCUUCGUGCUUUUGCAUCCGCACCCCUGCGGGCUUUGCUCCUCCCCGGGGACCCCUCGCCCGGAGAUGGCCGUGUUGAUGCGGGGCAAGGACUCGUCCCGCUGCCUGCUCCUACUGGCUGCGGUGCUGAUGGUGGAGAGUUCACAGUUCGGCAGCUCUCGGGCCAAACUCAACUCCAUCAAGUCCUCUCUGGGAGGGGAGACGCCUGCCCAGGCCGCCAAUCGAUCUGCGGGCACAUACCAAGGACUGGCUUUCGGCGGCAGUAAGAAGGGCAAAAACCUGGGGCAGGCCUACCCUUGCAGCAGUGAUAAGGAAUGUGAAGUUGGGAGAUACUGCCACAGUCCCCACCAAGGAUCGUCGGCCUGCAUGGUGUGUCGAAGGAAAAAGAAGCGCUGUCACAGAGACGGCAUGUGUUGUCCUGGGACCCGCUGCAAUAAUGGCAUCUGUAUCCCGGUCACUGAGAGCAUCUUAACCCCUCACAUCCCAGCUCUGGACGGCACUCGGCACAGAGAUCGAAACCACGGUCAUUACUCAAACCACGACUUGGGAUGGCAGAAUCUAGGAAGACCACACACUAAGAUGUCACAUAUAAAAGGGCAUGAAGGAGACCCCUGCCUGCGAUCCUCAGACUGCACUGAAGGGUUUUGCUGUGCUCGUCACUUCUGGACCAAAAUCUGCAAACCAGUGCUUCAUCAGGGAGAAGUCUGUACCAAGCAACGCAAGAAGGGCUCUCAUGGGCUGGAAAUUUUCCAGCGGUGUGACUGCGCAAAAGGCCUGUCUUGUAAAGUAUGGAAAGAUGCCACCUACUCUUCCAAAGCCAGACUCCACGUGUGUCAGAAGAUAUGAGCACCUCUGAGGAAAAGCAGCAUAGCAGACUGUGAAUCAGUGUAUUUAAUGCAUUACAGCAUGGUGGAAAAUAGGAUUUGGAUUUCAGAAACAGGGCUAAAAUGAGGAAUGUGAUAAGAAUACAGAUAAUGGAGCAGAUUAGAAAGUGUGUUUCCAUCAUGCAGCUUGUUUAUGUAAAUAAUGUACACAUUUGUGAAAAUGCUAUUACUGGGGG